CGCGAGUGGUGAAGUCCAGUUGACAGAAAAGAUAGUUUCUUCCACUAGUCCAUGGUAACUACGAAGAUGAGGGAAUUGACUCUUCUAGCGUUUUUGUUCAUACUGGGAGUAGUUUGGAGCGAGGCCCAAUCCUGCAACUCCUGCGGGUCGGAAUGCACUUCCGCCUGCGGCACCCGCCACUUCCGCACCUGUUGCUUCAACUACCUGAAAAAGCGCAGCGACCCCCUCUACGCCCCUUUCGUUGCCCCGCCCAUGGACCCGAGCCUGCGGCUGGAACUGUGGCUGGCCAAGUCGGGGUACCCACUGCUGCAGCGCGGUGGUUUGGCGGACAGGCCGCUAGAUGGCGCUCAGAUACGGAUGAUGACAGACGAGGAGAACAAAGGACGGGCGGAUGUAUAAAUGUCGAUAAUUGUUUAUGAUGUUUAUAAUGAGGAUUUUCUUUGGC